CAUUGUCACACAGAUACUUGGCACACAGGUGUGUUACUGACAAUGCGACAGAAGUAACUGACUGCAGUGAUUUCAAGUCUUAUUUCACCAGAGCGGAGGACGCACUGAUUUGUUGCUCAUCCUCAUCAUAAUAUGAUCCAUGCCUGUUCUCACAAUGGAAACACAGGCAAACAUGGAGACGGCACACCAAGAGAUCCAAGAGGAGAGGAGCAAAGACCCGGCGGAGGAGAUCACAGAGAGAGAAUUCCUCAAAGAUCUCUACGUUUUCAUGAAGAAAAGAGAUACUCCCAUUGAGAGAAUCCCCAAUCUGGGCUUCAAACAAAUUGAUCUAUAUGUGAUGUACAAAACUGUCAGAGAAAUCGGCGGCUACCACCAGGUGACUGCACAGCAAAUGUGGAAACAAGUGUACAACAUGCUCGGAGGAAACCCUCGAAGCACAAGCGCUGCCACCUGCACCCGCAGACACUAUGAGAAGCUGCUACUGCCAUAUGAAUGCCACAGGAGAGGCAUACCCAUAAGUCUGUUGCCUCAACAUCAGCCAAAGCCUUUCCCCUUUGCCAGUUUCUGCAAAGAAGACGGUGACGGCCCGAGAGCGGCUAAACGCAGACUGGUAUCAAUGCCUCUUCAGCAGAGCACGCAUAACAUCCAGUCAGACCCGCGUGGGAGGGUCUUCUCUCUGCCGCUCCACUACCCUCCAUACUACCGCCCAAGUCACACAGUGCAACCCUCCCAUGUCCCUAUGUCCUCUCCAGUGUUGACACAACAUACGCCCCCUGCGCCCCAGCCCUGGUUCCCCUUCAAUCCAACUUGUCCACUCCCAACAGAGAGAGCAAAAGAGCCACUGGAGCUUCUGCGCUCCCUCGCAGAACAGUACAAGACCACAUCUGGAUUGGCUGAGCCUCUAAACCUCAGCGUUAAUGCACCGAGAAAAGAAACCAACAGCAACCCCGUCUCUUCCUUUGCCCCACCUUCGUCAAACAAGAGCCCAAAGUUUCUGAACAAACCGUCCACACUGUACGCUCCUCAGAGUCCACAGGUCAGAAAUGAAGGAUCCGACGCUUCACAAGAUGGCGAGGCUGGAGUAGAAGAAGAAAAAUAUUCAUAUCCUUCGAAAGAAAGGGAGGCGCAUGUCGUCGAUGUAAAACCCAUAAGAGCCUCAAGCAGCCCCAGAUACGUUCAGACACCUAUCAGAGGUGAAGAUGCCGCCAAGUUGGCACCAAAACCCAGCUCGCAAAAAACAGACUUUAAAAUCAAAGAAGAAGCAGAAAGGAACCCAGAUGUAAGAGGCCUCAAUCUAAGUCAAAUACUGCCCACCCUCGCCAGAGAGAAUGGAGGCAAAAUGGAGAUUGAGAUACCGCUGUCUUUGUUCCAUAAUUGGCUCAGGUUGUGCGGGUCAACAGCCGCGAUGCAAGGACAUAAGGAGCUUUCGACUCUCCCUUCUCCGGAAGAUCAAGGUCAUUCUUCUGACACUGAUCUGCCCAAAAACCUUACUAUUCACAAACAACACCAGAGUCCAGUCCCAGAGGAUCUGAGGUUGAGGAAGAGGCACUUGCCAAGCCCCCCAGCACCAACCAUCAAGGCAACCAGUCCUCCGCUUAUUACAGGCCAAAACCCCUUCACCAGCUACAGGCAUCUGCCUCCAGGGGGCAUUCUGAAAAACACAGCCGGCCAGGAUACCUUUCCAUUUGAUCAGCAGAAUUUCCAGAAGCCAUACAUCUCAAAAUCUCCAAACUGCUGGGACGUCUUUGAAAGAGACGCCCAUGCUGCCCCCGUCAACAUGAAAACAGACUCUCAAAAUUCCCUCGCAGUUCAGCAACACUUUGCAGGCUCUAACUCCUACGAUGAUGACGACGUAGUCUUGGUAGAAAAGGAGAAGCCAGAGAUGCCUCCCUCAGCGUUUCUCAUGCUCGGUUCCGGCUCCCAUCCUCUGCUGCAACUCACCCCCGAGGAGGUGAGGAAGCUGAAGAAAAUCAUCUCGAGCUCAUAGUGAAGAUUGGCUCAGAUCAUAAGACUGUCACUCUGCAACCCUUUCUUCUAGGAAUGACAUUAGUGUAGAACAAAACUGUUUUCCACGAUUGCCAAUCUCUGAACUAACUGACAAUAACCCAUUUUCAGAGGCUUCUGAUGUAGCCUGCGGUUAUUUAUAGAUGUGAUACCUAACCCAAGUCUUCCUCCUUGGCUUCAUACAGAAAGUUGUCCUGCAAGCAGCAAACGUCUGCUGAAACUCGAUCGGACAUACUACUCGUACUAUAAACGGAAACCUUUUGCAUAUGCUUAUGUUGACAUUUGUUAAUAGAGAUUAUGAUGUGCCGUCGAUGCUGCCUGGAUAGUUAUCAAAGACAUUACAGAGGAUUAUUUUUCAUAUUUAAGGUGGAUCACAAAGUGCGAGACUAUCACGUAACAGUCUCACACUCUGCCCUUAGGUUAAGUUUAGACAAGAAAAGGAACUUUAAGAUGCUUGUUUUUUUGCGCUCCCCGUGGACAAAGCAGUACCUCAUAUCUCCUUGUUGAUCUUAUCCUGUAGAUGUGUAAAGCCUGAUUUAUUUAUCUGCCUUCAAUCUACAGUUUAGCAUUCCUGUUGGCACACGUAGCCUUACAUACCCAGCUUGAUGCGCAUUUCCUCAAAAAUGUAACCACGCGUUGAAACAAUGGUUGAUUGGUCCGCUGGUUAGCAUCGUCUUUCCUGUGUUUACAACAUUUCCUGUAUCACAAUUUUUCCAAAAUUGCAAUAAUUGGAGUUUCUUCAACCAACAUUAUAUGCUCACAUUCAGUCGUCAAGGUUUCCUGUACACAAACAUGCAGAGAAUGUGGCAGAACCAGAAACUGUUUCUGCAGCGCGCUGUUAUUCACUUUUUCUGACACCUACCCUGCAGCAGUGAUUACAAGCAUUAAGAACUAAAUACAGAAGUGAUCAAUCGUGUCGUAGAUGGUCUUGUUUGUUAUUGUAGGUCAUAAAAUGGCAAAAGUAUUUAUUUCAGUCUGUUUCAUAACCACUUUAAAAUUACUCACAGGAGGUUUUAAACUUAUUUUGUUGAUAGGAAAUGUACUUUUUUUCUGAACAAUGUAUCCCUGAAUAAUGUUUUCUGCAGCCAACUGGUUGUUUAUGAACUGAAUAUCUAGGAGACAGCUGCAGUCCAACACCGCUCUUUUAUAUGCUUUAUUUUUUACUGAGGCCCUGAGCUAAGUAUAUAUUUAAAUAUAUGUAAAUAGAAUCAAAUGAACAGCUUCUGCUAAAUGAUUAUUCAUAUCAGUAACAAAUGUUUAUUUAAGCUUGAUUUUCUGUACAGAAAUCUGAUUUGUAUUGUUCCUUUUCAUACGUAAUAUAAUAUAAAUAAACUCAAGUCAAA